UUGCACAUGCGCAGACUGAUCGUGUAAUCUGUCACCUAUCGUCUUGUAAAAGGCAGCGGAGCAGUGUGGGUUUGAAAUCUGCGUUAAUUCCUCCAUUUUUAUGUUUCUACCUAUUCGUUUAGGUGUGACAAACUUAACUUUAUUCGUUCUUCGUGUCAGAAUGAACUCCACUCAGUGAACUUUGAAGCUUCUUCGGCGAACUUAACUCGCAACUUAGCUUAGCUUGUUAGCUGCUAACAAAUUACACCCGGAAGUUAUCAACACAUCGCUAAGCAAAAUGCAGAGAGUGUUGGUGAAUUAGCGACUAACUGCUGCUGUGGAAGAAAUAUUUGUAGUGUUAUAAAGAAAGAUAGCAGAGUACGACGAAGAACUUUCUCCAACAAAAGAGGAGAACUAGCGACAACGUCAACUACUGGACGCUGUUUUCAAGAAGCAUCAAGUUGUUACACAGAACAGACGUCUGUGAAGAACAUCUUCUUUCUGAGCAGCAGGAGUGGACCUCCAGGAUGGCGCAGGAGAAACCACAGCCCCCUCACAUAAAAAACGAAGAGGAGGAGCCACAUCUUACCCUCAUUAAAGUGGAAGAUGAGGAAUUAAAGCCCCCCCUCUUUAAAGAGUGUGUUCCUCAUCUUCCUAUCAGUCAGAAUGGAGAGCAACAUGAAGGACUGGAGGAGGUUGAUGUCCCCAAGAUGCCAAUGACUGGUGUCAUUGUGAAGAGUGAAGAUGAUGAGGUCAAAAGUGAAAGUGAGGAGAAGAGAGAGGUGGAGCCUCCAAGCAGCAGCUCAACUCAACACAUGACAACAGAAGCUGAUGGAGACCACUGUGGAGGAUCACAAGCAGACAAGCUCUUAGCUCCACUAUCAGAUAGUGAUGACACGACGUCACACUCUCCUGACACUGAUGAUGAAGACUCUGAAGCUGAUACAACAUGUCACACUGACAACACACACUUUAAAUGUUCUCACUGUGGCAAAACUUUUAAUCACCGUCGUAAUAUGAAAACACACAUGAGAAUACACACGGGUGAAAAACCCUUUUCCUGUUCAAGAUGUGGUAAGUGUUUUACACAGAAUAAUCAUUUGAAAAUACACAUGAGAACGCACACUGGAGAAAAACCUUUUAUCUGUUCAAUCUGUGCUAAAGGUUUUACACACAGUAUCAAUUUGAAAACACACAUGACAACACACACUGGCGAAAAGCCUUUUAUCUGUUCAGUCUGUGGUAAAGGUUUUGUACGAAAUAUUGAUUUGAAAACACACAUGAGAACACACACUGGGGAAAAACCUUUUGUCUGUUCAAUCUGUGUUAAAGGUUUUACUCAAAAUAAUGAUUUGAAAGCACACAUGAGAACACACACUGGUGAAAAACCUUUUAUCUGUUCAAUCUGUACCAAAGGAUUUACACAAAAUACCCAUUUGAAAACACACAUGACAACUCACACUGGUGAAAAACCUUUUAUCUGUUCAAUUUGUGUUAAAGGUUUUGUACGAAACGGUGUUUUGAAAAGACACAUGAGAACACACACUGGAGAAAAACGUUUUAUCUGUUCAAUCUGUGAUAAAAGUUUUACACAAAAUAGUGAUUUGAAAGCACACAUGACAAUACACACAGGUAAAAAGCCGUUCUCCUGUUCAAUCUGUGCAAAAGGUUUUGUACGAAAAGAUCCGUUGACAUUACACAUGAAAACACACACUGGUGAGGUAGUGUGAGUUGCAGUUUGUGAUGAAAAAGUAUCUUAAAAGUACCGGUGGAAGUGAGAACAUCAGCAGCAAAUGAAGCUGCAGGAUUUUAAAUAAACUGACAAAAUGAUGUUAACUUUGACUAUCCGGCAACAUCGCCACUUACAGUGCAUCAGGAAAUCGCAGCCCUUCACUUUUCCCACAUUUUGUUUUGUUACAACCCUGAAUGGAAUACAUUCGUUUUUUCCUCAGAAUUCUACAGACAAUACCCCACAAUGACAAUGUGAUGUUUUUUGAGUAAUUUAUUCAAAAUAGAAAAGUAAAACAUCACAUGUACAUAAGUAUUCACAGCUUUUGCUCAAUUAUUUGUUGAUGCACCUUUGGCAGCAGUUACAGCCUCAAGUCUUUUUGAAUAUGAUGCCCAUUUAGUAUUGGUGAAUAGGUCAAAACUGUUGGAGCUAUCUUGGAAAAGAGGGAUGUGCUCUGUUAGAUUAGACUGUCAUUGUAAUUACUACUGAAGGCACUAGGGGUCAUGAGGUUGUCAUGUAGGAUUCAACAGUCGAUGUUUGAUGUCUACAGUAAAAACAUUGAACUAUUUCCUCUGCCUCGUCUCCGUGUUUAUGAUAUGAACCCACAGUGUUGCUGUAAGAGUGUACUAGACUUCAAGAUGCAUCAAGCUCUAUCUAGCGGUCGUUUUUGCGGGAUGCAUGGUUGCUUCAUUAAUCUCCAGGCAACGUUUGUUCACAAAUUCCUCAGCAAAUUCACCAAGACGUCACCGUGGAGUUUUUGAGUCUAUUUAACUGAUUGGAGAGCUGACUUCAGCAGCCAGUGUGUCUAUGACAGAUCUUGCAAAAUUACUUGCGUAAAUCGAAAAUAACUCCACCUAAAAUAUUAAAUUUUAAAAACUACUUUGAAUUGCAUUCAGAUACUUUAAAAAAAAAAAAGAAGUUCUGUCUUCUCUUUAUAGUUUUCUCUUCUCUGUUAUAUUCUUUUAUAUUGCUCUCAUUUUUGCACAGUGAUUGCUUUGAUUUCAUCUGCCAUAUACUUUUAUCUCGCUCCCAUUUUUGUGCAAUGAUUGUGCCGAUUUAUUGUAAAUUACAGCGGAGCCAAUGUGUGCUCCUCUAUUUCCCCCAUAAAUUCCAAUAAAUAACCAUUC